AAAGCUGUAGGUGUGUGGACAGAAGGGAGCCAGCCAGAAGGUUACAACGGGUCAGGAAUAAAUAACCACCAGGCGGUGGCUCCCAUAUACUGUCCUUCCUUUUGUUGGGUGAGGAGCGCCAGGCAAACGCGUCCACAAAGGCUUUGGAAGGAAGCGAUUCGACCAUCCACACCCGGCUCCAGCCUGGGCAUUACAGGCAUGGAUGGGAAGAAAUGCAGCGUCUGGAUGUUUUUGCCUCUUGUAUUUACCUUGUUUACUUCAGCUGGAUUGUGGAUAGUAUACUUCAUAGCUGUGGAAGAUGACAAAAUUUUCCCGUUAAAUUCAGAGGAAAGGAAACCUGGUGUGAAACAUGCACCAUAUAUAAGUAUUGCAGGUGAUGAACCUCCUGCCAGCUGUGUGUUUAGCCAAGUAAUGAACAUGGCAGCAUUUCUAGCCCUUGUGGUAGCAGUUCUACGCUUCAUACAACUGAAACCAAAGGUUUUAAACCCGUGGCUGAAUAUCAGUGGAUUGGUGGCGCUGUGUCUGGCUUCUUUUGGAAUGACCUUACUUGGUAAUUUUCAGCUCACAAAUGAUGAAGAAAUCCAUAACGUUGGGACUUCCUUGACCUUUGGAUUUGGCACAUUGACCUGCUGGAUCCAGGCUGCAUUGACACUCAAAGUCAACAUCAAGAAUGAAGGACGGAAAGUUGGAAUUCCCAGAGUUGUUCUGUCAGCAUCUAUCACUCUUUGUGUGGUCCUCUACUUCAUCCUCAUGGCCCAAGGCAUCCACAUGUAUGCAGCCAGGAUCCAGUGGGGCCUAGUCAUGUGCUUCCUGUCUUACUUUGGCACCUUCGCUGUGGAGUUCCGACAUUAUCGCUAUGAGAUUGUUUGCUCUGAAUACCAAGAGAAUUUCCUAAGCUUCUCAGAAAGCCUGUCAGAAGCUUCUGAAUAUCAAACCGACCAGGUGUAACCCAUCAGCUUCUCCUUGCUGGUGAGGUGGGUGUGAUGGUGGGGGAGGGGCCAGGAGGAUACACUCACAGGACUUGACAUAUGACCUCAUGACACAUUUUUCACACACACGUUCACACAUAUACUGUGCAUCCAUUCAUGACCACAUUUGCCAAAUGAGCUUUUCAGGGCAAGUUAUUUCUUAAUGUAAAAGCACAAGCCCUUGUGUGUUGAAAUAUAUGCUGUUACACUGAACAUAUAUGCACGACAGAGCAAAAAACCUGUGCAUGACCAUGUCUCUUUCCCCU